CAUGGAGCCGAAGAGCAACACGUUUUCCGAAGAGGAGGAGCAACAUUGCUUCCAUUUAAAUGGUACACAUGCGCAGUAGCGUGCAUUUGGGACUUUAUCUCUUACACAAUCCUGUCUUUUCUUCAUUCUGCCUUCAUCUCCUCGCCGGUGUGUGCACACCUAAAGCGCUUCUUGUUUUUAAUAUUUCUGUCCAGUACGGCUAAAGAAAUGAGUGGGGACCACUCCCACAACGAGGACCAGAUUGACUGCGGCUCUCGGGUCAAUGACUCCCAUAAGCAUAAAGACAAGUACAAAGAGAAGGAGCAUAAACAUAAGGACCACAAGAAGGACAAGGAGCGGGAGAAAUCUAAGUAUGGCAACAGCGACCUUAAGGACCCCUCUGAUAAAAAACACAGGGACAAGGAGAAGAUGAAGCACAAAGAUGGUAGCACAGACAAAUACAAAGACAAGCACAAGGAGAAGAGGAAAGAUGAGAAGAUGAAGUCCAUCGACGGCAAAAUCAAAAAGGAAAAAGAGAAUGGCUUUGCCAGCCCCCCACAUAUGAAGACUGAGCCUGAGGACGAUUUUUACCACUCUCCUAAACACAAGGAGUCUUUAAAGAGAGAGCGAGAUGAUGAUUAUGAUUCUGAAUUCAAGCCUAAGAAAAUAAAGACUGAAAAUGACAAGAAGGCCAAGAAAAGGAAACAGGAGGAUGAUGACGUCAAGUCCAAAAAAACAAAAAACAAAAAAGGAGAAGUGACUGAUGGAAAAAAGAAAGCAAAGAAAGAACCAGAAGAGAAGUGGAAAUGGUGGGAAGAGGAGAGAUACACAGACGGUGUCAAGUGGAAGUUCCUUGAACACAAAGGGCCUGUGUUUGCUCCACCCUACGAGCCCAUUCCUAGCAAUGUAAAAUUUUAUUAUGAUGGUAAACAAAUGAGGCUCAGCCCAGAGGCAGAAGAGGUAGCCGGGUUCUUUGCCAAAAUGCUGGACCACGAGUACACCACAAAGGACAUCUUCCGUAAGAACUUCUUCAAAGACUGGAGAAAGGAGAUGACGUCCGAGGAAAAGGCGAAGAUCACAGACCUGAAGAAAUGCAACUUCACUGAGAUGAGCGAGUACUUUAAAGCGCAGUCUGAAGCCAGGAAAGCCAUGUCAAAAGAGGAGAAACAGAAAAUAAAGGAAGAGAACGAGCGCAUCUUGCAGGAGUACGGCUUCUGCAUCAUGGACAACCACCGAGAGCGCAUCGCCAACUUCCGCAUCGAGCCCCCCGGCCUCUUCCGUGGCCGUGGAGACCAUCCAAAGAUGGGCAUGCUGAAGCGCCGCAUCAGGCCCCAAGACAUCAUCAUCAACUGCAGCAAGGACUCCAAGUACCCCCAGGCUCCCCCAGGCACCAAAUGGAAAGAAGUUCGCCACGAUAACAAAGUGACUUGGCUGGUUUCAUGGACUGAAAACAUCCAAGGCUCCAUCAAAUACAUAAUGCUGAACCCCAGCUCUAGAAUCAAGGGAGAGAAGGACUGGCAGAAGUACGAAACGGCCCGGCGGCUGAAGAAGUGCGUGGACCGGAUCAGAAAUCAGUACCGGGAAGACUGGAAGUCCAAGGAGAUGAGGAUCAGACAGAGGGCCGUGGCUCUCUAUUUCAUCGACAAGCUGGCCCUGAGGGCCGGUAACGAGAAGGAGGAGGGAGAGACGGCGGACACGGUGGGCUGCUGCUCGCUGCGAGUGGAGCACAUCAAGCUGCACCCGGAAAGCGAAGGCCAGGAGUUCGUGGUGGAGUUCGACUUCCUGGGUAAAGACUCGAUCCGCUACUACAACAGAGUCCCCGUGGAGAAGAGGGUGUUUAAGAAUCUUCAGCUGUUCAUGGAGAACAAAGAACCUGACGAUGACCUGUUUGACCGCCUGAAUACUUCUAUUCUGAACAAGCACCUCCAGGAGCUGAUGGACGGCCUCACAGCCAAAGUUUUCCGUACAUACAACGCCUCAAUCACCCUGCAGCAGCAGUUAAAGGAGCUCACCAAUGCGGAUGAGAACAUUCCAGCCAAGAUCUUGUCCUACAACAGGGCCAACAGAGCUGUGGCUAUCCUGUGUAACCAUCAGAGGGCUCCACCCAAGACUUUUGAGAAGUCUAUGCAGAACCUGCAGACUAAGAUCGAUGCUAAAAAGGACCAGCUUUCCGACGCCAAGAGAGAGCUGAAGAGCGCCAAGGCCGACGCCAAAGUACGGAGGGAUGAAAAGUCCAAAAAGGCUGUGGAGAGCAAGAGGAAGGCUGUUCAGAGGAUAGAGGAGCAGCUGAUGAAACUGGAAGUCCAGGCCACCGAUCGUGAAGAGAACAAACAGAUUGCCCUCGGCACUUCCAAACUCAAUUAUCUGGACCCACGCAUUUCUGUGGCCUGGUGUAAGAAGUGGGGUAUUCCCGUUGAGAAGAUCUACAACAAAACCCAGCGUGAAAAGUUUGCCUGGGCCAUUGACAUGGCAGAGGAUGACUACGAAUUUUAAAUCCCAUUUUAUCUCACCUAUGAUGAACUUUUUUUAUUGGAUAAUUGUUUUUGUUUUUUUGUUUUUGUUUUUUAAGCUUACAUGAAUUUUGCUCGAUGGCCAGACCCAACAAGGAAUUCUAAAAAAUGUGCGCGGGGGAGAGAAAAAGAAACGGACGUGUUUAAAAAGAGACGAGCUGUGGAUAGCACGAACAUCUGAUCCAAGAUCAGGUUUCCAGACAAAGUAUAUCCAUAGCCACAAGUCAAGGCAUAGUCCCUGUAAUUUGAAGACUCCUUGACCUUUUUGUCUCAGUCCCUUCUCGGGGACGAGACCCAACAUCGCCUGAGCUCCAAACUGUGGUCCGAUAGCUCCUUUUAUCAAGAAAAAGAAAAACCGAAAAAAUGCUUUGUAUCAUUGUAGUUUUUGUUCACUCACUCUGUAUUUUAGCCCUCCCAUGUAUUAUUAAUGAAUUCUAUAUUUUGAUAGACAAAAGUAAAAUCAGAAGAAUUCCUUAACUACACCCACGCGCCUUUCAAGGAAACGGAAAUGUUGUGUGUUUGUGUGUGUGUGUGCGUGCGUGUCAGAGGCUCGACCAUGGAAGCUCGUCUGAAUAUUUUAAACUGGACUCUGUCGAUUUGGUGAGCAUGAAAGAGGAUGUCUGAGCAGGCAAAGGGGAAAAUACUGCAACAAUGUCAAUAUUUACUUAAGCAAGCAGAAUGUGAAUAUUUUGUUUUACAGCCUCUAUCAGGGAUGUCUUUUGUUUUCACUUUUUUUUUUUUUCAGUGUAAAUGUGAACCAAUCAUUUCUUUUUCUUUUUUAUCCUUUGAGUUGCAAGCACCCUUUUAAUCUAUCAGCAUAGCCCUCUGCAUCUGAUUUUAAGGUAAUUUAACAAUUUGUUAGAGGAAAAAAUGAAACUCCCAUAUCUGUUACUUGAACAUAAUGCUAUCAUAAUGUAUUUAAAGUCAGUGAGUGGAAAGUGUUUUGCCCCCUUGUGGGGUGUGUGAGGGAUAUCAACUUUGCCAAAAAUUUUAAAAAAUCACCAAACUGUUACAGCGUAGACUGGUUUUAAUUGUGUAAUGAUUGAGGAUAAUGUAACAUUUAAUGUGAAUUAUCAGUUCAUUUUAUUCCACUCUGUUUCACUUAAAAUAGGAAAGUUGAUGUAAAGUAGCCGUGAACUCAACGUCCUAUUCCUGUUUUACCUUUUAUUGUCAUAGCCUUUGAUCAUGUUUGAGUUGAAAGCUCAUUGUAGGUUGGAAAAAUGAAUAAAUCCCUACAGGAAAA